AAGGGCAGGGCAGGCUCACAACAGGGCAAAAAUGGUGGGGAUACCAGACCGUCUACCGCUUCUAAUAUGGGGCGGGCUACAAUAUCAGAAGUCACUAUGCGAUAUAUGGGCGGUCUGGCAGUUAUCAAACCAAGUGGAGAGAGACUACUGGCGACCUUGUGCGAGUCUAGGAAAAGACAGAGUCAAAAUCGACCUGCAUCUGCAUCAGCUGGAACGAAGCAUGCGUGGUCUCCCUCCCCGUGCUUAUUUAUAGGGCAACUGUCUCCAACCGCCGUUAAACAUUCCAACCCAGCAUCAAUCAACUCUUCCGCAACAACGCUCGUGUCGGCGAACUCCAUAGCCGACAUGGUUCCUAAACCGCCCGCCGUUCGUAGUGGAUCAUGCGACCGAUGGUCACAAGCCUCCCGCGCAUCCUCAGUCUCACAGCUUUGCCCUAUUGCACAUGCGUGUGAGCCAAGUGGUGUUCCAUAUCAACCUGUGAGUACUUGGGCUACGAAAGCAGGAGACGCUGAAGUAGGGAAUAUUGGGCAAGUAGCGCCAAUCAAUCAAGAACUACAUCGCACAUCAGAGGAGCAGGAAGGCGGAAAGGAACGUCUAAAUCUAAAUCGACAAAACCUAUACACAUGCCUCACUCUUCCAAACGAGACCCGCCUGCGCCUAUUAAACUACCAAAAUAAUUUCAUAACGAAGAUUGAACAUCUCGAUCACCUUGUCAACUUGGUUUUCCUCGAUUUUUACAACAAUCAUCUCGAACGCAUUAGUGGCCUGAAAUCUCUGCAAAAUCUGCGGGUUUUGAUGCUGGGUCGAAACAGCAUACACAAAAUUGAGGGAUUGGAAAAUCUGAGCAAACUAGAUGUGCUGGAUUUGCAUAGUAAUCAGAUCGAGCUUAUUGAGAAUCUUGGUCAUCUUUCAGAGCUCCGAGUGUUGAAUCUAGAGGACAAUUGUAUCAAGGACGUAUCCCAGUUAGAGGGGCUCCGAUCCAUUGCCGAGGUCAAUUUGAAGCGGAAUAAGAUAUCCGUCGUAAAAGACAUCACGGAGCUCGACAGUCUGCGAAGGCUCAUGCUCAAUCACAAUGAAAUCACCUCAUUCGAUGAUAUUUCAGAUGUGUUGCGCUUGCCCCAUUUGAAUGACCUCGCCAUAGACAGCAACCCAAUAUGCAAGGAUGGUUUCCACCGGGCAUUUGUCAUAAACCGCAUUCGUUCGCUCAAAACCUUGGAUGGAAAGAGAAUUAAUGAUGAAGAACGAAGAGCUGCAACAAAAAUUGCCAGAAGAGAGAGCGAGCGCCGGAAGGAGUCUGAGAGAAUGAACUUGCAAAGAGAGGAGAGAGAACGUGUGAUCGCCUACAUUCAGCGUAAUUGGAGCAUAGAAGUGCGAUUGGAACAGCGUUCCGUGAAUGAUGCAAACGACAGAAAGUCACGGCCUCAACCACCAGAUGUGCCAUGGCUAGCAAGUCGCUCCAGCCUAUCGAAACCUAUUUCGAGAGCAAGCAGUGCAGCCAGAACAAGGAGUUCCAAAGCAUUGUUGGUGGAGGAAGUGAAAAUCUUCAAUGGCGAAAAUGGAUACAUUGAGCUCACCAAUGGUCGACUUGCAAUAUACGGCGACGCAAUUAACAUGAUCGACAAAAUAGAUCCUAGUAGCGUGCACACGGUUCGAUUUACCUACGUUAGUUUCCCAAAGAUCGCGCACUUUCUAUUGAAACUUAGACGCUUCACAAACUUGCACACGGUGGCCUUCUCCAACAAUAAUUUGACUAGGCUUAAACAGAUCAACCACCUCGCCUUGCUGCCAGAGGUGUCUCAUCUAGACUUUAUGGCCGAUGAAAACCCGGCGGUAACGCUUCCGUUCUUCCGUUAUUACGUCCUAUCUCGAUUGUGUCAUCUUUCAAUAAAAAAGAUAUGUAAUGAGGUUGUUACGAUUGAAGAAUUAGAGGAUGCUAAUGGUCAUUUCGGUGCACUGCAACGGACGGUUGGACAGUUAUCUUCAUACACAUUAAGUAGGACACCGGAAAGUGUCCUUCCUUUCGUGCUAAACAUGGGCCUAGAUACGCGGGAGUACGAUGAGCGAUGCUGUCAUGAGUUGCUCAGCCAGUCAAGGAUAACCGCACACAAUCGUCUCAGCCAUUGGAAAUCCUUUGCGAAGAAGUUUACUCAAACGACCUUGGCAAAAAGUGUACGAUCACAUGCAAGAAUUCAAGAAUUUGAUUAUAUUUGGCCUCAUCUGGUUCAAGAGGCCUGUCUGAACGGUUUACGCGCAUAAGGACCGUUAUAGAUCUUUGUAGACUGCGGUGGAGCCAGUGGAAUGAGAUUGUAAUACACGCAGAAAAAGCAAAUGAUCUGAUUUUCGUUUUCUCUU